UAUGCAAAGCGGGCUCUUUUUCAUUUCUUACGUCAAUUACUAUGGGUCAACGGAUGGUGUGGGUAGUAGUUAGUAGUGGUUGGACGACACUAUCAGAAAUAGCGUAUGCAUCUAUUUAACCCUCAUAUAUAGUUCGAAACCGAGCCAAAGAGAUUGGCGAAUUACUCAAUGAUACCGACAAAAUCCGUACGGAACGGAAAAAGGCACGCGUCAACCGUAACAAGUACCAAGGCGUUGGCUCAGAGACCGUGAUGAUGGGUGGUGGUGGUGGCGGCGGCGGUAGCAUGGGUGGCGGUUCGCGUUUCGGUGGAUUCGGUAGUGAUAGCGUUGUUGGCAGUGGCAGCUUUGGAUUCAGCAGCACCAGUGGCAUUGGUGGUAUCAGUGCCAGUGCCAGCAGUGGAUAUUAUGAUGAGGAUGAACGAUCCAGCAACCGAUACGAGAGUAGCAAGUAUGAUGACUUUGAUGACCUUCCAUCCGGUAGUGGAGCGAGCAGCACAAGUCGUUCGUCGCCUUCGGCAGCAGCUGCUAAGGCUACAUCGUCGGCAGCGGCUAAAAAGGAAGUCAAUUUGUUUGAUUUUGAUGAUGAGCCCAAGGCUUCUUCUUCUUCUUCGGGUGCAGGAGCAAAGGAAGAUGAUUGGGGAGAUUUUGCUUCGGGAAGUGCUGCAGCCACCACAAGUGCAAAUGGUAAACGAGAAUCUAUAUGGGGGAAAUUUGGGAUUAAGAAAGAAGAAGAAGCUAAUACACACGCUUUUAUUCCUAGAUGACUUUGACGACUUUCAGUCAGCACCACCAGCAACAACAACAACAACAACAACGACGACGACAUCGACCCAUAAGCCAAAGACUACCAAUGACUUAUUUGAUCUCUUAGGCAACGAUGUAUUCGGCUCGCCAGCAUCGACGCCAUCAGCAACAGCCCCUCCUCCUCCUCUUGCUGUUGCUGCUGCUGUGCCUUCGCCCACGUCCAUGUCGCGUCCACUUUCACCUUCCAGCAACAACAACAACAGCCGACCUGCAUCGAUGCAAAGCUUUGCCCCUGUCACCCCCAUUUCUACUACGACGACCACUACAAACAACAACAACAACAAUACAUCAGGAACGUCAACACCCACGGGUACGGCUAACACGUCGUCGCAAUUGCCUAGCGGUAUGUGGUCACAAGCAUCAGCAUUUGUGUCGUUGGAUUCGCUCGGCAAGGCCAGCGGACCCGCCAAGCCUUCGGUCGGUCCUUCGAUGAACUCUAUGAAGACGUCGAGUGCCAAUGCUGGCUGGCAAGCAUGGGCAUCCUCGAACCAGCCUGCUACACCUACGUCUGGCGCCCACAAGCAACAGCAACAACAGUCGCCUUUUGAUGAUCUCUUGGGCUAAAUUAUAUAUAUAAUCUCUUUUUCUUUAUUAAUCCUUCUAGAACAACCCUCUUUUUUUUUAUCCCUUCACCCCCACUGUCUGCCACACACACACACACAACAACAACAGCAACAACAAAAUUCCCUUUCUCUUUCUAACGUUUUCUACUUUCUUCCAAAAAUGCUCAAAAGACACAUUAAAAAGAAAAAGAAAUCUUUGUAUAUCCCUUAAAAAACAACCCUUUAUCUACACACACAAAAUUCAGAGAAAGUUGUUAAUUCGCAAGGUUUCCUUUUUUUUUUUUAUAAUCAAGCUUAGGAAAGAAAAGAGUGCGAUACAAUGGGGUUGGUAAUAAGAAAAAAGGUAUGCAAUAACAGGAGUGCGCU